UGAGUAUAGUUCUGCCGAACCAUUGGAAGAGAAGAAGUACCCUUGCUGGCAAAAGACAAAAAUAGUUGCCUUAGUUGUCAUUGCAAUUGUACUCGUAAUUGAAUUCAUUGUACUUCUCUUCACGUACAUAAAACUCAAGGACGGCAUAUGCUUUAAGAAGCUACCAUCUUACUAA